GUUACUCUAAACACCAAUGUACAUUUCGUUUGGCUGGGAGGACCGAAGAUGGCAACUCAAAUGACAUUUCAAAGAAGAGGCAGCGCUAAACCCCCAGACAAGGGAAGUUUUCCUCUUGACCACGAAGGUGAAUGUAAAGACUUCAUGUUCAAGUAUAUGAGAUGCCUGAGAAUAAACAAGCACGCAAAUUCCAAAUGUAGAGAUGAAUCAAAAGAUUACCUACAGUGCCGAAUGGACAGGAACUUGAUGACCAAGGAAAGUUGGGACAAGCUGGGAUACACUACAGAUUCACCGAAGGAUACACUUUCAUGACAGAUGUGAAAUUUGCACAUAGACUUUAUCAGAUGGUGAAAAUUCCUGAAUAUAUUACGCGAGACAUAAGAUGCAACUAAACUCUUACAUCAGAUUCCAGUGUCAGAGACAUAUAUCUGAUACACAGUUUCCCACAUGUUGGAGAGGGAUUAGAAUUGUUUGGGAGUCCGGAGGACUUAGUACCAAGUUUGGGGGCCCUAGCUCUGAUUACCAACGACAAAUAUGAUGUUUUAAUAGAAACUGGGUGAUUAAGAAAAAAUCUAACAUGAACUGUCCAAAAUUUGAUUGUACAUGUGUAUUUCGUAAAUCAUGUUAAAUUUCUUAAGUGUAUGCUACAAUGGAAUUAAUUGCAAAGAUUCAAAUAGACAUACAGUUUUAUUGCCAUAGGACUAGCAGUGCAUAUUGAGUCAGGGUGGCCUCUUCUUAUUUUGGCUUUUGAGGGGACAGUUUCUGUAACUCUAGGUUGAAAUUCAAUUUGAGCAUUUCAGACCUGUAUGCAUUCUCCAUUCUCAAUGUUUAUGCACAUAAACCAAGGAUGUAAUAGAAUAAUUUUGAGAGCAGAAAAGGUAUUUGUUGAAGAUGUCUCAUGGUUUGCUGUGGGGUUAUGUAGAGGGGAAUGUUUGAGUAACUCUCCAUUUCUUAAAAUUAAUGUAGCCAAGGCCCAUUAUUUUAAAGGAAUGGAGAGUUAAGAGGAUAUUCCCCUACUUUACACUUUGACAAGACAUUCUCUUGUGCAAAAUAUAUGAAAAAUAAACCAGAACUCUUUGUAGAUUGUAUUUAUACUGUGCCUGUCGCCCUUGCAUGAUGAACAAGGAAUACAUUUUCUGCCACUGUUGCGCAUGCGAUGCACCAAGCUCCAUUGGAGCUGAUAUUUACAAUGCAUGGUAUACAGCUCUUCAUAAUUUCGUAGGGUCCUGUACUGGUAUUGUAUCAAUCACUUGCACGUUGUAAAUACAUGCUGACUGGAAUUUUAUCAAUUGUAGAUCCCUGAACAAGGAUAUAUAUGUUCAUCUGAAUAUUUUUCCCGCCAGAGGUUUAUGGAAUUGCUCUAUUAAAUAUGAACAUUGUUAUAAGCACAAGUGUAUGUACAUAUUUGUUUUAGCGUUUAGGAAGUAUGCAAAUUUUUGAAAAUAUAUAAUAGUUAAUUUCACACCAUACUGUCAUGUGUCGCCGUAGCUGAGGUCAACAAUUAGACGUCCUCAUGUCAAACGACACAUAUUUUCCAACAAAAUUUGAAUUCAUUCACUUGUAUAUUUAUAUAAAAAUAGUUCCGUCUAUUCCAAGUGUACGUUUUUUGAAAUAUUGGGUCAAGAUAAUGUAUAAUUGACAAACAAUUAUUUCAAUUGUUUCCAUUCCUGAAACCUAAUGGAGUGUUUAAACAAUAGAAUGAUGUCACAGAUGUGUUUUAAGUUUGGGAUACUCAAAGGAAUUGAUAACUAUCCUUCCUUAAUUUGGGUAUAGCGGUAAUAUAAUAUCAAAAUGUUUGAAGAACAGCAAAUAGAGACAAAUCUAGUGAUGAGGUAUUCAUGCACUCACUUAUUUAAGAAUUUGUUUGCUUGUUAGAUGAAAUGUUUGUUAUUCAUUAACUUACAUUGACAACGUUGUAUUGGUUUUAGUAAACUGUCAAUUCAAAUGGAAAGGCAAUGGAAGAUUUGAAUAUAAUACACCACACCAAAAAGAUCAUGUAGCCACUGGAACAUUUUGUUUGUAAAUUCAGAGGUAUUCCAUAAGCUUUCUUCUUUAUUAUGACAACAAACUGAAGUAUGCUUUUUUUUU